AUGGCGGGCCAGCAGUGGCCCUUACCGGAGCCCCACAAAAGGUGGCUGUUAAAGACGGACCUGAGGAAGAAGGCGCUCAUAGAGUCGGGGCUGAUCAAGCGGUGGCUGUCAGGGCCGAAGCUGGACAAGAAGCCCGAGCUCAACAAGAAGUGGCUGCUAGGGCCGGGGCCGCUGGAGCCCUUGCCCCUGGGCAUGAAAUCCCAGCAAGCACGGAAGCCUUGUAGAGACAUUGAAGCCAGCCUGACCCAGCAUCCCUUGGCGGACUGCCCGAAUCUGGAGGAAGAUCUCCCUCCAGACCUCCUCCUCAAGGUGCUGGAAGUGCUAGAUCCUGACAGGGAGCUGGAGGACACGUGGGCUUAUUGUGAGGGCACCAAGGAAAGAAAGAAGGCCCCCACACACCUGUGUGAAGAACAUCCUGAGGAGGUCAACCUGGAACCUCCCCAGGCAGUGAACCUGGAACCUCCUGAGGCACUGAACCUGGAACCUCCCCAGGCAGUCAACCUGGAAUCUCCCUGGAAGUUGAAACUGGAACCUCCUGAGGAGGAACCUGAAGAACAAGCCCACGUGGAAACGGCCAAGGAGAGUCUCCUGUCAUAUUUAUUCAGUUUGUUUCCUAAGGAAGACACAAAUGCAGCAUGCACAACGGAUAUCCCCAAAGUUCCUGUUUUCCAAAAAGCAAGAAGAACAAUUCGUGAAUUCUGCAGAUGGAUCAAUGAUAAAUUUGGAGACAUAGGCAUUGAUGAAGAGUCCAUCAUGAAAAAGUUUGAAAUUGACUUUGAGGGCCCACUCACCCAUAAUACAGUCAAAAUAAAGAAAAUAAACCAGCUUCCUUCAACUAUAAGGCCCUGCAAACAGCUAGAUGAAAUAAAGCAGAGAAAAUUCUCCCUGCAGGAAGAUGACUGGGAAAGGAAACUCCGCAAACGACAAGACCCUUAUAAACCCAAAAGGGAGAAGAUAAGGUAUGGAGCAUGGUACCUAGACCCCAAAUGCUGGAAAAAGCUGGUCAAUGACCAGCCUUUUCCUAACCCUAAAGCCGUCCAUGACAGGGAAUAUUGGACCUAUCGAAGGCAUCUUGAACCAGACGUUAUUGAUGAACUUUAUGGACCAAUUGCCUUCAAAGAUUUCAUUGUAAGCAAGGGCUACAAGAUGCCAGGUGUGAUUGAGAAGAUGUUUUUAAGGAAGGGAUGGAAAUAUGAGUCUGUAAACACUCCUAUACAACGUGUAAUGAAACUCCUCUCCAAACCCGAAGAUGAGGAUUCAGGGGACGAAGAGGAUUAG